CAUGGUCCCGCCCCGCACGCAGUGCAUGCUGGAUGUAGCGGAAGUAGCGGUGCACGUUGACAUUGCAGAGCGUCCGAUCCUCAUAUAAGAGACACAGUAAGCACUGGUGUUCAUCAUGGGUGCGUCCGUAUCCAGUCUUGCCCCCAAUAUCCAGGCAGAGUCUGCGAUGUCAUCGCCUCAUUUUGGUGGGAUGUCCCCGCCCCCUGGGUGUCCCAUGCAUCAAGAGUCCCCUAAAAGCUCUCCGCCUCCUGAGUGCCCGAUGCAUCAGGCUCAGACGCCUCCGGCCAGCCCGCCACACCAGGAGAGAGCUUAUGAGUUUGUCGAAUGUCCCAUGAGAGCUUCUGAAGGAGCUAUCGAUCCCACAAAUAUGAUGCCCCCUCCAAACCAGGUGCCCUCCCCGGACCAGCCAUUCCCUUUGUCCAUGAAAAGAGAGGAGUCUAAAAUCCCACGAGCAGGCACAGAACAGAACUGGGUCUAUCCUUCGGAACAGAUGUUCUGGAAUGCCAUGCUGCGGAAGGGGUGGCGCUGGAAGGAUGACAGUCUCGCUCCCGAAGACAUGUCCAAUAUAAUCCAGAUCCACAAUCGUAACAACGAUCAAGCCUGGCAGGAAAUCCUGAAGUGGGAAGCCCUUCAUGCCAGCGAGUGUCCAUGCGGUCCAUCUCUGAAGAGAUUCGGGGGCAAAGCCAAAGAGUUUUCACCCAGAGCCAGAAUACGUCACUGGAUGGGAUAUGAAUUGCCUUUCGACCGGCACGAUUGGAUCGUAGAUCGGUGUGGAAAGGAAGUCCGCUAUGUCAUUGAUUACUACGACGGGGACAUUGAUAAAGACACCUACCAGUUCUCCAUCCUGGACGUGCGUCCGGCCAUCGAUUCUAUGGGGGCCGUCUGGGAUCGGAUGAAGGUGGCCUGGUGGCGCUGGACAUCGUAGAAUCCAUCCCAACACAGUUUUAUCAUUUCUGCACCACUAUAAGACACUGGUGCCAAUAUACUAGAAUCUGCAUUCUACAUGCUGUGAGACUUUCUGACUUUAACAUGAAUCCUUGUAAAUUAUUGCACAUUGAGGAACUUACAUGUUCUCUUUUGGAGAGCAAAAUGAGUCAGUGUUUUUUUUUUCUCUUCUGAUGAGGUUCAUCAUCAGCAAGCAUCUCUUCUACUCUUCGAGUGAUGGUUUUGAAAUUGAAAGCUUGCUAUCUGAUCUUACUCACAGGUUAUACAUAUCCGCUGGUUUUUCUCUUUCAAAGGCUGAUUAUUGAGUGUUUUAGUUCAUGUGUAGAGCGACUGGCAGCUGUUAGCAUUUUUUAGCUUGGCGAAACGGUUUGGUGGCCUUUGCUAAUGAAUGAAAUUGAUUGAUAAAGCAUAUAAAAUUGUGGCUUUUUUAUUAAAAGCCCUUGUUCAGCUAUUCCAUAUUCAUCCCGCUGUCAGGUUCAGUUUUAAAAUGUUGUAAUUUCUCAUACCUGCUGUUUUGGGUUUAUUUAUUUUGAGCAAACUGCUUCAUUAUUGUCUGUGUGUGUGUAUGCUAAUGUGUUGUUGACUGUGUUCUCUUUGAGUGAGUGUUUCUGAAAACAAUUUCUCUAAUUAAAUACAAUUUGUAACCCACUUCUUUUGUUUUAAAUCCGGUCCUGUACCAAAUUACAAUUCAAAAAGUAAAUCAACAGUGCUCAAGUA